CUUCCAAUCAUAACAGAUCCUUUCAUUCCUGAGCGGGCUAUACUUGGAGAGGAACCCUUUAGCUAUAGCUACGUACAGGGAGAUCUCAGCAGCCGUUCUGAACCAGCCAGACUGCACAGCAGACUUUUGGUUUUCCAGGCCCAGAAGUGAAAAUUAAUUUCUGGCUGACCGUUGUACCUGGGAACUUGGGACAGUGGAGUGGAAUUUAGCCAAGGUUAUGGGCAACUUCUGCUCUUUGUUGGAGGGAAAGGAUCACGUGUACAGCAGUGUGGGAUGGAGACAGCACAUGGAGAUUUGACUACACAUGAAGUCUCGCAGUCGGGGCAAAACUAAACAGCGGAAAUAUGAGUAAAGGGAGACACAAGCAGCAAACCACUUUGUGCUAAAGCAAAUGCAUGUUCAACACAUUAGUACUGCCCUGGCUAUUUUUUGAUGUAAACAAGCACUGUAGUUAUUGCAGAGGCAGUGUGAGAUUGGGAGGAAGGUUCCUACCUACUGGGGACGGUCUCUUUUAAGAAGUGCCUGGAAUGAGCACGUCUGAGAGCUUUGUGACCAGCUUCAGCUCAGUGGAGCCGAGGCACUGGGCGCUUAUACAUGAGCUGACUUCUUCCUGGCUGAAGUUCAGUUUGUUUUCAGUUUAUGCGAACAAGUUCAUCAGCCAUCUGAUUGACUGGCACACCCAGAUUUCACUUGGGAUCAUGGCUCAGAUAUGCUUCACAGUAUAUUGUAAACAUUAUUUAACUGUAUCGUUUUGCUGAUAACUUAAAGAAGCCCGACCCACGUCCCCUCAGCAGUGGUUAAUGAAACGUAUUAACCAAACAUUAUUCAUGAGAGAUUGUGCAAAUUGCACUUGGCUUCCAUUCAGGGACGCACGAUUCGCAAGCUGUGCUAUCCUGGAUUAGAGGGGCAGUGGGUUCAAGUGGAUUGAAUUUGGGGAGGAGUGGGGAGCCAGGAACUUGAAAUCUAAUCCUAGCUCUGCUACUGACUUGGCAAGUUUCCCUAUCUCUAAAAUGAGGAUAUUGCGAGGAGUAUCAGUAUCUAGAUUUUCAUAGUGCUAUACACAGUGCAGAGUGCAGUCAUCAGUUCUGCAGGCCUAGUGGCCUCCUGCCUCCAGUGAGGGCAAGAGAGGGAAAGCGAUAGACUGCUCUUGGGGAGAUCAGUGUUACCCCGUAUACACGAAGGUUCGCUGUCUGAGAGAGGGUGGCACUGCUUGGCUGCUGUUCAGAGUGGGGUCAGGCCCGCUAACCCGGUCCUCUGCUUGGCUGCUGUACAGAGUGGGGGUCAGGCCCGCUAAUCUGGUCCCCUCUUCUUUGCAGUAAGCACAAGCUAUCCACAGAAGAAGAGCUGCUGGGGAAGCGGCAGCGAUGCCUGGAACAGAUAGAAUCUCCCCCCCCAGAUCUGACCAGUCCCAGCCACCACACUUCUCUUGAAAGGCAGAGCUCCACUGAAGCAGGCUGGGAAUGCAGCAAGGACGAUACGAGUGUAGAGGGAAGGACAGAUUCCCGCCUGCUCAUAGAACAUCUGGAGGCCCUGAGUGACACCAGCCCAGCUGGGCGUGCUUCACACAUUGGGGAACUCGGUCCUACCAAAGAGACUCCCGCAAGUCACAGUCACUUGGAAGAAGAGCAAAAAGAGACUGCCCUGGUCCAGGUGGAACUGGAGGAGCAAAUGCCGGCCCUAAUAGCAGAAAGCCAGGCAGCAGAUAAGAGUGUCUGUGUAAAUACAUGUGGGAACCUAGAGGAAGUAAACAAGAGGCCCUUUGUGGCUGUUGUUGGUAUUUCAAAGGCUGCUGUGGAUGGUGAGGCUCCCAUUCAGCUAAUCCCCUUUGCGUGGGAGGAGAGACUUGAUAAAGCAAAGGCUGAGGAGAAGGCCCGAAGCCAGGCGGAUCCUCCACCUGGCAAAGGAGGAGGAGACUUGCAGGUCCCAAAGACCAUGGAUCAGAGGAACAUGGUAGAGCAGGAGGAGCUAAGACGAACGGUGGAGAAUAUCUUGGUGGAGCUGAGGAGCAUCUCCGCAGAACGGGAUUUGCUCCUGCGGAAGAUGGAAGAACUAGAACAGGAGAAGUGCCACCUGGAGACCGAUUUCUUGAAAAGCCAACAGGAAGUGGCAACGCUCAGGGCCCAGGAGACUGAAGGCUUGUACUGGAGCAAGAAACACAUGGGCUACCGCCAGGCAGAACUGCAAGAGCUGAAGGCUCAGCUGGAGAGGACCAUAGAGGAAAAGACCGAGCUGAAGGAGAGGCUCAAGGAGACAGAGCUGCACCUGGAGGUGCUUAGGGAGACACACGUCUCCUGCAGGAGCCCAGAGAGAGGAGACUUGAAAAGCACUGUGGAGAAGCUGAAGAACCUGCGUAUGAAUGUCAGCCAGCUCCUCUCGCUAGUCCUCCCUCAUCUAGAGCUGCAGGAUGUUAACUACGAGUCGGACCAAGUUGAUGAGAUUUUGCAAACAGUAUUGGAGACUAACAGGAUGUCAAAGUAGCCCAUCUCCCAUGCUGCCUUUUUGUAUAGUUUCUUUAAUAAACCCAUAGAUCUUAA